CCGGGCGAGCGCGCGGGGUGCGGCCGGGGGCGCGGGCAGCGAGGGCCCGGUGCGUGGGGCGGCGCCGGCGAGGGGCCAGGGCCAGGGGCGCUGCCGGCCGGCCUCGGGGUCUCCAUGCCUCCGCUGCGCCCCGCUCCGCAGCCCGCCGCCGGCCAGCGGUAGCCAUGGCCGCGGUGGCCGUCCUCCGGAGCGACUCGCUGCAGGCCUUCCUCCAGGACCGCACCCCCAGCGCCUCCCCGGACCUGGGCACGCACUCCCCCCUGGCGCUGCUCGCCGCCACCUGUAGCCGCCUUGGCCAGCCGCCGGGCGCCGCGCCGGCCCCGGACUUCCUGCAGGUGCCCUACGACCCGGCGCUGGGCUCGCCCUCCCGGCUCUUCCACCCGUGGGCCUCCGACAUGCCGGCGCACUCGCCGGGCGCGCUGCCGCCCCCGCACCCCAGCCUGGGGCUGACGCCGCCGCAGAAGGCGCACCUGCAGCCGUCGUCCUUCGGGGCGGCUGCGGCGCACGAGCUGCCGCUCACCCCGCCGGCCGACCCCUCGUACCCUUACGAGUUCUCACCCGUCAAGAUGCUGCCCUCCAGCAUGGCGGCGCUGCCCGCCAGCUGCGCGCCCGCCUACGUGCCCCCCUACGCCGCCCAGGCCGCGCUGCCGCCCGGCUACUCCAACCUGCUGCCCCCGCCGCCGCCGCCGCCGCCCACGUGCCGGCAGCUGUCCCCCAACACGGCCCCCGACGACCUCCCCUGGUGGAGCAUCCCGCAGGCGGGCGCCGGGCCGGGCGCCGCCGGGGUCCCGGGGGGCGGCCUGUCCGGAGCCUGUGCCGGCGGGCCCCACGCGCCCCGCUUCCCCGCCGCCGCGGCCGCCGCGGCCGCCGCCGCCGCCCUCCAGCGGGGCCUGGUGCUGGGCCCGUCGGACUUCGCGCAGUACCAGAGCCAGAUCGCCGCGCUGCUGCAGGCCAAGGCCCCCCUGGCGGCCGCGGCCAGGAGGUGCCGCCGCUGCCGCUGCCCCAACUGCCAGGCGGCGGGCGGCGCGCCGGAGCCCGAGCCCGGCAGGAAGAAGCAGCACGUGUGCCACGUGCCCGGCUGCGGCAAGGUGUACGGCAAGACGUCGCACCUGAAGGCGCACCUGCGCUGGCACACGGGCGAGCGGCCCUUCGUGUGCAACUGGCUCUUCUGCGGCAAGAGCUUCACGCGCUCUGACGAGCUGCAGCGGCACCUGCGGACCCACACGGGCGAGAAGCGCUUCGCCUGCCCCGAGUGCGGCAAGCGCUUCAUGCGCAGCGACCACCUCGCCAAGCACGUGAAGACGCACCAGAACAAGAAGCUCCGGGCGGCGGAGGCCGGCGUCAAGCGGGAGGACCCGCGGGACCUGUGAGCGCAGCCGGGGGCAGGCGAGGCCUUUCCGCCGCCUCGCGCUCCCCAGCACCUCUAGGAAAAGUGAAGGGGAGGUCCUGGGGCCUGUGGGCAGCUGGCCGAGGGGAGUCCCAACACAGGCACUGCCCCUCCCUGCUUCCCUGGCCCGGCAGGCGGACAGGGACCCCUGCGCCCAGGAGAAGCAGGGGAGGCGGGGCGGAGGGCUCUGUGCACCCCAAAGGGAGGUUUGGAGCUCAAACCAUUCCCAGCACCGUCUGGGAGACCUACCGUUUGGGGGGACUUGCCCUGAGCGGACCUGGGUAUAGGAAACGUUGCUGAAUUGAAGCGGGAGGAACCUUGGGAGAGUUGAAAUAGUGCUGGGUUGGGGUUUUUUUGUUUGGUUUUUUAGGUUCUGGCCCGGCUUUGUACAGGUUAUUUAAUAGCUUUGUUAAAGAAUAAUGAUAAUAAUUACAUUAAU